UCGCAGUGCGCGUGGCCGCGGCGGCUGGUGUGGGGUUGAGUCAGUUGUGAGACCCGGAGCUGCGGACGGGCGGGCGGCCCAGCGAGCCGGCGACAGAGCGGCGGGCGUCGGGUUCGGGAGCCGAGCGCUGGCCCCGCGUCAAGUCGGGCCGAGCCGCGCCGCAGCCGCCGCCGCCGCCGCCGCCGCCCCCCGCCCGCAGCCAGCGACCCGCCGCGGGCGCGCCCCCGCUCUGCGCUGUCUCCGAUGGCGUCCGCCUCCGGGGCCAUGGCGAAGCACGAGCAGAUCCUGGUCCUCGACCCGCCCACAGACCUCAAAUUCAAAGGCCCCUUCACAGAUGUAGUCACUACAAAUCUUAAGUUGCGAAAUCCAUCGGAUAGAAAGGUGUGUUUCAAAGUGAAGACUACAGCACCUCGUCGGUACUGUGUGAGGCCCAACAGUGGAAUUAUUGACCCAGGGUUGACUGUGACUGUUUCAGUAAUGCUGCAGCCUUUUGACUAUGACCCCAAUGAGAAGAGUAAACACAAGUUUAUGGUACAGACCAUCUUUGCUCCACCAAACAUUUCAGAUAUGGAAGCCGUGUGGAAAGAGGCAAAACCUGAUGAAUUGAUGGAUUCUAAAUUGAGAUGUGUAUUUGAAAUGCCCAAUGAAAAUGAUAAAUUGAACGACAUGGAACCCAGCAAAGCCGUUCCCCUGAACGCUGCGAAGCAGGACGGGCCCGUGCCAAAGCCACACAGUGUUUCCCUCAAUGAUACUGAGACGAGGAAGCUCAUGGAAGAGUGCAAGAGGCUCCAGGGAGAGAUGAUGAAGCUAUCGGAAGAAAACCGACACCUGAGAGAUGAAGGCUUAAGGCUCAGAAAGGUAGCACAUUCGGAUAAACCUGGAUCCACCUCAGCUGCAUCCUUCAGAGAUAACGUCACCAGUCCUCUUCCUUCACUUCUUGUUGUAAUUGCAGCCAUUUUCAUUGGAUUCUUUCUAGGGAAAUUCAUCUUGUAGAGUGAAGCAUGCAGAGUGCUAUUUCUUUUUUUUUCUCUUGACCAGAAAAAGAUUUGUUUACCUACCAUCUCACUGGUAGUGUGGCCCACGGUGACCAUUCUUUGUGUGUACAGCGUCAUAUAGGCCUCGCCUGUAACAGUCUCACGGUUAGAAACACAGUAAGAGCAGAGUGUUGGGCUCCCAGGCAGCGUGAAUGUCACCAGACCAUCCCUAGCAGGUGUCAUUGCACAUUCAGUCCUUUAUGAAAUUCAUAAAUAAAGAAUUGUUCUUUCUUUGUGGUUUUAAUAAGAGUUCAAGAAUUGUUCAGAGUCUUGUAAAUGUUAUUUUAAUAAUCCCUUUAAAUUUUAUCUGUUGCUGUUACCUCUUGAAAUAUGAUUUAUUUAGAUUGCUAAUCCCACUCAUUCAGGAAAUGCCAAGAGGUAUUCUGUGGGGAAAUGGUGCCUCUUAACAGUGUAAAUUUUCUCCUUUACCUUUGCUAAUAUCAUGGCAGAAUUUUUCUUAUCCCUUGUGAGGCAGUUGUUGACCGAGUUUUUCAUCCUUCCAACCCUGUCCCAUGAUAUUUAACACAAAAAUAAUAAAACUGUUAACAGAUUCUUGCUCGAUAGCUUGUGUUUGUUGUGUCAUUAGACGGGAUGCCAGGGAGUGUGCUGUGUGGUGAUCUGGGUUUUAAAACGCAUAAUUUAUCUCAUGGAAACCCUUGCGGAUAUUAGAGUAUUUGUGGUUCAAAGUCCUCAUUCUUUUAAGGAAAGGAAUUGAUAAAAUUUCAGGCCAUUUUUGGAAUUUUGGAAGAUCAUAAUCCAUUUGUCCUCAAGAUAAUAUAAAACAAGCAAAUACCAUGAGUAUAAAAGUGCUGUAAUUUCAGUCAGUUUACAUGUCUGCCCUGUGGCUCUUUUGUGUUUAAUUUAUCCUAUUCUUAAUAGGUUCUUCUAGUGUCUUCUCAAGAAAGACUAAUUCUCCUUGAUUGUAGUCACUGCUUUUUGACCAGCCUAAGAAUUCCUUUUAUUUUAUAACAUUUCAUAAUAAUAGUUAAAAGUAGGUUUUUCCCCGUCCAGUUUGACACACACAGUAAUUUCCAUUAUGGAAAUUUGGUAUUACUGAGUAAACCUUGGGAACUCCUUUGUGCAAAAUGACCUUAUCCUUUGCAGUUCUCUGCAUCAACCACGUGAAAUGUGUUUGCACUAUAAACGCAUGACAGGGCCUGGCAUACUUUCCUGUACUUAGUCUUAUGUCUCAUCUAGUUCAUCUGUGUUGGCAUAGAAAAUUUUGGAACCAGAAAAAAUAGAUUCACUUUUUCUACUAAGUACAGUCUAAUACAAGCGAAUUUUGAUUUUUGAAAAUAGGUGUUGGUUUUGUGAAAGAUGCACUUAUAUUUGAAAGGGAAAUUGGACUCUGGGACUUGACAUGGUGCAGUGAAGUAUGUUGGCCCCAGGUCUGUGUGUACCUUUUAUAAUGGAGUGAGAUGCUCUGAAGUAUUUUGGUUGCAUUUUCAUUUCAAGUAUGUUUUGAACUCGUCAGAGCCCGUGUACUGUGGUGUUGCGCUGUAUGUUAUCUUCUAGAAAACCUCUUGAGUGCAAGAGUAACUAAGCACAAGGGCACGUCUUCCCCGCACGUGCUGCAGGUGCCGCCUGGCGCAGUCACUGUAAAAGCUCCUUCCCACUCUGCUACCUGGGAAAAGCAUGCCAGCAAGCCUUGCAUUUCCGUCCCGUCCGUGCAGAAUCACUAAUUCCUUGGCUUCAGUCUCUUUCUAUAAUCAACAUUACCGGUGAUGAGCAUCAGGCUUGAGAUUUCAUAGCUAUCAGUUUUUAAACAAUUUAAGUUCUCAAAAACUUAGUAGAAGCCCGUUUUAUGGGAAUGCUCCUUAGAGUUCAUUUUGUUCAGCCUCUUUGUUUUAUAGUUGAGGGAUUUGAGGCCUUUGCGAGAGCUCAGAGAACUUUCCUCAUGUCUCACAAGGGCAGAGUCAGGGCUGGACCUGAAAGCUGCUCUCCUGACUCUAGCUCAGUGUCUGUUUCUGGUAACUUUGUAGAAAAAGAUGUACCCCAAUUUGAUAGGACUGAAUAGUGGACGUAAGAUGCUCAGAGUGUGAGAUUUCCUGUCAUAAGACUGUACCACAGGCAGCUGUGGAAUAGUCUCAUGCACCUGUCUGGUUUCAGUGUUUAGGCUAGAAAUCCCCCCUCCCAAUUGGUAAUAAAUAAAUGCAUUUUUAGGUAGGCAUUUCACAAGAUGCAUAAUGCAGUGGUUGGUCUUGAGCUAGAAUGUAGUCUGGGUGUUGUCUGCAAAAUAAAGUACACAUGGGCUUCUUUACUGCUUUAUGUAGCAGGACAUGCUCCGACUGUUCAGGAGACUCUUAACUGCUGUAUGAAAUAUCAAAUUAUUUUACUACCGACAGAGUCCAACUGUAUUAAUUGACUGGUAAUAUGUAGAUCAAACUGUUCGUCUUCAUUCCUUACACUUACAUGUUAAGAAAGUUUUGCUUUGUCUGCCUGCUUACUUGUGAAUGUCAGCAUGAGGGAAAUACACUGUUGCCAUCUCUGAAGCCACAACCAAGUAACUAUAAGGCCUUUAAGUUCUUAUCUGACACUAAAUGCACUACCUUCCUUCCUUCUUUCUAUAACUAAUGUACCUUAAUUUUGCCCAUUCUUGUAUUUGCAAGAGACAAAUUUAAGAAUUGUAUUCUGAGUCUGCAGUAUGUUACCUUAAAAAAGAAGAAGAAAUGACACUUGGAAAAAAUAUGUAUCAAAUUCGGAGGUUCUCGUCAGAGAAAAAUAAUAUUCUUAAUUUCUCCUUCAGUUAUCUUAGUUUAAAAUAUGCCACUUUGAAAACAGCCUUUAUCAAUAAGAUAAAAAAUAUAGUUCCUUAUAGGGUAUAUCCCCCAAUUUUAAUCUUAUGCCAGUUUGAAAACAUUCAAGUACUAGCUUUCCCAGAGCUUUGCACAUUCCUUUCAGUGAUUUUGGUAUGUGCAUAGAUUUUUUUUAAAUCCACCUUUAGGAGAAUUAGGGAAAGACCAGUUUUACGAUAAUGGAAAAACAACAAAAUAAGGUGAAUAAAUGAUCUUCAUAUUCUAGCUUUCAAAGGAAAAUAAACUAUUGUGUGACUAAAUAAACUGUUUAAAAAUGUG